AUGUACGGCACCUCGACCGGUCCCCAGACCGGCAUCAACACCCCUCGCUCCUCCCAAUCCCUCCGCCCUCUCAUCCUUUCGCAUGGCUCCCUCGAGUUCUCCUUCCUGGUCCCCACCUCGCUUCACUUCCACGCCUCGCAAUUGAAAGACAGCUUCACCAGCUCAUUACCCGAGCCCACAGAUGAAUUGGCUCAGGACGACGAGCCAUCGUCCGUGGCGGAGUUGGUCGCCCGCUAUAUCGGUCAUGUCGCCCGCGAGCUGGAAGAGGGCGAGGACGACGCCCAGGGCACCUGCCUGGAGGUCUUGAAGCUCGUCCUGAACGAAUUCGAGCGCGCGUUCAUGCGCGGUAAUGAUGUACAUGCGGUUGCUGCCGCCCUUCCGGGAAUUGUCGCCAAAAAGCUUCAAGUGGUCGAGGCCUACUACGCUGGUCGAGCCGCCGCUGGUCGGCCCACCAAGCCAUACGACUCGGCCUUGUUCCGGGCUGCCUCCGACAACGCGGCGGGCAUCUACACCGUGUUCGGCGGCCAAGGAAACAUUGAGGAAUACUUUGAUGAACUACGCGCCAUCUACACCACGUACCCAUCCUUUGUCGAAGACCUCAUCACAUCCUCGGCAGAGCUCUUGCAAUCGCUCUCGCGCGAACCCGAGGCCAGCAAGCUGUACCCCAAGGGCUUGGAUAUCAUUCAAUGGCUACAGGAUCGGGAUAAUCAGCCAGAUACCGAAUACCUGGUCUCUGCUCCCGUGAGCCUGCCAUUGAUCGGAUUGGUCCAGCUGGCCCACUACAUGGUCACUUGCAAGGUCCUGGGCCGCCAGCCAGGUGAGAUCCUCGAUCGCUUUCGCGGCACCACGGGUCACUCGCAGGGCGUGGUGACUGCGGCCGCCAUCGCAACUGCCACCAGCUGGGAGUCUUUCGGCAAGGCCGCCCGGGAUGCCCUGACCAUGCUCUUCUGGAUCGGCCUGCGCAGCCAACAAGCGUACCCGCGCACCUCUAUUGCCCCGUCCGUUCUGCAGGACUCGAUGGAGAAUGGUGAGGGCGCUCCCACCCCGAUGCUGUCCAUUCGCGACCUCUCGCGUGCUGCCGUGCAGGAACACAUCGAUGCCACCAACCAGCACUUGCCCGAGGACCGGCAUAUCGCCAUCUCCCUGGUCAACAGUGCCCGCAACUUCGUGGUGACGGGUCCGCCCAUUUCUCUCUACGGGUUGAACUUGCGUCUGCGCAAGGUGAAGGCACCGACCGGCCUGGACCAGAACCGCGUUCCGUUCACGCAGCGGAAGAUCCGUUUUGUCAACCGCUUCCUCCCCAUCACCGCUCCCUUCCACAGCCAGUACCUAACCUCGGCCUAUGUCCGGAUCCUGGAAGAUCUUGAGGACAUCGAUAUUCCUGCCAAAUCGCUAGCCAUUGCCGUCUUUAACACCAAGUCGGGAGAGGAUCUCCGGAAACUCGGCGAUGAGAACGUGGUGCCCGCCCUCGUGCGCAUGAUCACGCACGAUCCUGUCAACUGGGAACAAGCCACAGUCUUCCCGGGUGCCACCCAUAUUAUUGACUUCGGACCUGGUGGCAUCUCGGGUCUGGGUGUUCUCACCAACCGGAACAAAGACGGCACUGGCGUUCGGGUCAUUCUGGCCGGUGAGAUGGAUGGCACUAAUGCGGAGGUCGGCUACUCGCCGGAGCUAUUUGAUCGUGAUGAGCAUUCGGUCAAAUACGCCGUGGACUGGGUGAAAGAGCAUGGCCCGCGUCUGAUUAAGACUUCCACCGGUCAGACUUAUGUGGAUACCAAAAUGAGCCGCUUGCUGGGCAUUCCCCCCGUCAUGGUGGCUGGUAUGACCCCCACUACUGUUCCAUGGGACUUCGUGGCAGCCACAAUGCAGGCCGGUUAUCAUGUUGAGCUCGCUGGUGGUGGCUACUACAAUGCGAAGACCAUGACCGAGGCCAUCACCAAGAUCGAGAAGGCCAUUCCUCCGGGUCGUGGCAUCACGGUCAACCUGAUCUACGUCAACCCCCGUGCCAUGGCCUGGCAGAUCCCUCUCAUCGGGCGACUCCGCGCUGAUGGUGUGCCUGUCGAAGGGUUGACCAUUGGUGCUGGUGUUCCUUCCAUCGAGGUUGCCAAUGAGUAUAUCGAGACUCUUGGUAUCAAGCACAUUGCCUUCAAGCCCGGCUCCGUCGAUGCGAUCCAGCAAGUGAUCAAUAUUGCGAAGGCAAACCCCAAGUUCCCUGUCAUCCUUCAGUGGACCGGCGGUCGUGGUGGUGGCCAUCAUUCGUUUGAGGAUUUCCACCAACCCAUUCUCCAGAUGUAUGGCCGCAUCCGCAAGCAAGACAACAUUGUGCUUGUCGCUGGUAGUGGCUUCGGUGGUUCCGAGGACACUUAUCCCUACCUCUCAGGUACCUGGUCUGCCAAGUUCGGAUAUCCUUCGAUGCCCUUCGAUGGGUGCUUGUUCGGCAGUCGCAUGAUGAUCGCCCAAGAGGCCCACACUUCCCGCAAUGCCAAGAAGGCUAUCGCUGAUGCCCCGGGUGUGGAUGAUGCUGACUGGGAGAAGACCUACAAGGGUGCUGCUGGUGGUGUUGUCACCGUUCUGUCUGAGAUGGGCGAGCCCAUUCACAAGCUUGCCACCCGCGGUGUCUUGUUCUGGCAAGAAAUGGACCAGAAGAUCUUCAAGCUGGACAAGGCCAAGCGUAUUCCUGAGCUCAAGAAGCAGCGAAACUACAUCAUCAAGAAAUUGAACGAUGACUUCCACAAAGUGUGGUUCGGCCGCAAUGCUGCCGGAGAAGCGGUGGAUUUGGAGGAUAUGACCUACACCGAAGUGGUUCACCGCAUGGUGGAUCUCAUGUACGUCAAGCAUGAAUCCCGCUGGAUCGAUGACUCCCUAAAGCGCCUUACGGGCGAUUUCCUCCGCCGCGUCGAGGAGCGUUUCACCACUACCGAGGGCCAAGCAUCCCUGCUGCAGAAUUAUUCUGAGCUCGAUACCCCGUAUCCCGCUGUGGACAAGAUCCUCGCCGUGUACCCUGAGGCAGCAUCUCAGCUGAUCAACGCACAGGAUGCGCAACACUUCCUGCUGCUCUGCCAACGCAGGGGACAGAAGCCUGUUCCCUUCGUUCCGGCGCUUGACGAAAGCUUCGAGUACUGGUUCAAGAAAGACUCGCUAUGGCAGAGUGAAGAUCUCGAGGCAGUUGUCGGCCAGGAUGUCGGCCGAACCUGUAUCUUGCAGGGUCCCAUGGCUGCCCGGUUCUCUAAUAUCAUUGACGAGCCCGUGAAGGACAUCCUCGAUGGCGUCCACAACGGGCACAUCGCUGGUCUAAUCAAGGAUGUUUACGGAGGUGACGAAUCCAAGAUUCCCUUGAUCGAGUACUUCGGGGGACAGAUUCCCACCUCUGAUGAAGAGCCAGAGCUGGACGGACUCACCAUCUCAGAAGAGCCAACCAAGAUCAGCUUCCGGCUGUCAUCCUCCCCCUCCGCCGCCUUGCCAGACUCCGACCGUUGGCUGCGCCUUUUGGCUGGCGACUCCUAUUCAUGGAGACACGCACUUUUCCUAGCGGACGUUUUUGUCCAAGGCCACCGCUUCCAGACCAACCCGAUGAAGCGGAUCGUGGCUCCUACCGGAGGCAUGUACGUAGAAAUUGCGAAUCCCAGCGACCCGACCAAGACCGUCAUCAGCGUGCGGGAGCCUUACCAAUCUGGCAAGCUGGUGAAGACUGUCGAGGCUCGGAUGAACGAGAAUGGUCAAAUUAGCCUUACUCUGUUCGAAGGACGCACUGCUGAAGGUGGCGUGGUGCCCCUAACCUUCCUGUUCACCUAUCACCCGGAGACGGGAUACGCUCCUAUCCGCGAGGUCAUGGGUGACCGCAACGACCGCAUCAAGGAAUUCUACUACCGCAUCUGGUUUGGCAACAAGGAUGUGCCGUUUGACACCCCCACCACUGCCACUUUCAACGGUGGCCGAGAGACUAUCUCCUCUCAAGCUGUUGCGGACUUCGUUCACGCGGUUGGUAACACUGGCGAGGCUUUCGUUGACCGCCCAGGCAAGGAGGUUUUCGCUCCCAUGGAUUUCGCUAUUGUCGCGGGCUGGAAGGCGAUCACCAAGCCUAUCUUCCCUCGCACCAUCGACGGCGAUCUCCUCAAGCUGGUCCAUCUGUCCAAUGGAUUCAAGAUGGUCCCCGGUGCUCAGCCCCUGAAGGUUGGCGAUGUCCUGGACACAACUGCUCAGAUCAACGCCGUCAUCAAUCAGGAGUCGGGCAAGAUGGUCGAGGUGUGUGGCACCAUCAAGCGGGAAGGCCAGCCCAUCAUGCAUGUCACGAGCCAGUUCCUGUACCGUGGUGCCUACUCGGACUUUGAGAACACCUUCCAGCGCAAGGAUGAGGUACCCAUGCAGGUCCACCUCGCCACCAGCCGCGAUGUGGCCAUUCUCCGCUCCAAGGAGUGGUUCCGCAUGGAUGAGUCUGAGAUCGAGCUUCUGGGCCAGACCCUCACGUUCCGCCUGCAGAGCUUGAUCCGCUUCAAGAACCAGACCGUCUUCAGCAACGUCCAGACCAUUGGUCAGGUUCUGCUAGAGCUGCCCACCAAGGAGGUCAUCCAGGUGGCAUCCGUGGAUUAUGAGGCCGGCGACUCCCAUGGCAACCCGGUGAUUGACUACCUCCAGCGCAACGGCACGUCAAUCGAGCAGCCGGUCUACUUUGAGAACCCGAUUCCGCUCAGCGGCAAGACUGCUCUGGAGCUGCGUGCCCCGGCAUCUAACGAGACGUAUGCCCGCGUCUCCGGUGACUACAACCCCAUUCACGUCUCGCGUGUCUUCUCCAGCUACGCCAACUUGCCCGGCACAAUCACCCACGGCAUGUACAGCAGCGCCGCCGUUCGCAGUCUCGUGGAGACCUGGGCUGCAGAGAACAACAUCGGUCGCGUUCGUGGUUUCCACGUCUCGCUGGUCGGCAUGGUGCUGCCGAACGACAUGAUCACCGUCAAGCUCCAGCAUGUUGGCAUGAUCGCUGGUCGCAAGAUCAUCAAGGUCGAAGCCAGCAACAAGGACAGUGAAGAGAAGGUCCUGCUAGGUGAGGCGGAGGUUGAGCAGCCUGUAACAUCCUAUGUAUUCACCGGCCAGGGCUCUCAGGAGCAGGGCAUGGGUAUGGAGCUCUACGCCAGCAGCCCCGUGGCGAAGGAGGUCUGGGAUCGGGCCGAUCGCCACUUUAUUGAGAAUUACGGUCUCUCCAUUAUCGACAUCGUCAAGAAUAACCCCAAGGAGCUCACCGUCUAUUUCGGUGGCCCACGGGGCAAGGCCAUCCGCCAGAACUACAUGGCGAUGACCUUCGAGUCCGUGAAUGCUGAUGGCUCUAUCAAGUCGGAGAAGAUCUUCAAGGGGAUCGAUGAGAACACUGCUUCGUAUACCUACCGGUCGCCGACAGGCCUGUUGUCCGCCACUCAAUUCACCCAGCCCGCUCUGACCUUGAUGGAGAAGGCCAGCUUUGAGGACAUGCGCUCCAAGGGCCUAGUGCAACGCGACAGUAGCUUUGCCGGUCACUCGCUUGGUGAAUACUCGGCCCUUGCUGCCCUAGCCGAUGUCAUGCCAAUUGAGAGCUUGGUGUCCGUGGUGUUCUACCGCGGUCUGACCAUGCAGGUCGCGGUCGAACGCGACGAGCAAGGCCGCUCUAAUUACUCGAUGUGUGCCGUCAACCCCAGCCGCAUUUCCAAGACCUUCAACGAGCAGGCGCUACAAUACGUGGUGGAGAACAUCUCGGAGGUGACCGGUUGGCUUCUGGAGAUCGUCAACUACAACGUCGCCAACAUGCAGUACGUUGCUGCGGGUGAUUUGCGCGCUCUCGACUGCCUCACAAACCUACUGAACUUCCUCAAAGCCCAGAACAUUGAUAUUCCGGCUCUCAUGCAGAGCAUGUCUUUGGAGGACCUCAAGGCUCACCUCGUCAGUAUCAUCCAGGAGUGUGUCAAGCAGACCGAGGCCAAGCCCCGGCCCAUCUCGCUGGAGCGUGGAUUCGCGACCAUCCCGCUGAAGGGUAUCGACGUGCCCUUCCACAGUACCUUCUUGCGCUCCGGUGUCAAGCCUUUCCGGUCCUUCUUGCUGAAGAAGAUUAACAAGACUACGAUCGAUCCCAGCAAACUGGUUGGCAAGUACAUCCCCAACGUCACGGCCCGUCCCUUCGAGAUCACCAAGGAGUACUUUGAAGAUGUCUAUAGGCUCACCAACUCGCCUCGCAUCGCGUCGAUCCUGGCGAACUGGGACAAGUAUGAAGAGGGCAACGAGGCUCGGGCCACGGCCUGA